CCACGCCUAAACCAACCAUAGAACAAGAGCCAUCAUUUGAGUUUUUCUACACUGGUGAACAAGUCCAGCUUACUUGUGACAUGCCAGGUGCCGCAUGGGAAUAUCAUUGGUACAAAGACUCAAAGACAACAGAACUUUCUUCUGCAAAUAAAAAUUAUAUUAUUAAUUCAGCAUUGGUCCAUGACACUGGUGAAUAUUACUGCAAAACAAAGAGACGUGACUUCUCAAUCAAAAGUGAGGGGGAAAAAGUGCAAGUUAAAGCUCUUUCAGCUGCUUCACUGAAUCUGGUCACUGAAUUGAAUGACAUCAUCGCUGGAAAUAUCCUGACACUGAAUUGUGAGGUGUUAGAUGAUAAAACAUGGAAUUACACCUGGUUUGAGAACAGUCAGGAGCUGAAUGAAUCUUCAGGUACAUUAAAGGUCAAAUCAACCGAAGAAACUAUUAAAAAUGAAUUUAAAUGCAGAGGGAAAAGGACAGAACGACCGCUGCAGUCCUCUUGGAGUGAGGGGUUCAAGGCAAAUAAUAUUUUGUUCAAAAGAAAAAUACUGCUGGCCAUUUCAGGCUGUUUUGUCUGCUGUUUUGUAAUUUUGAUCAUUGGAUGCAUCGUACUAAAAAUCACUCGUAAACCAGAAAAGAAAGAGCCAGUUCAUGAAGACUUGUUUAUCUCACUAGCAGAUUCCAAGAACCAAACUACUUCACCCAUGAUGGAGUACAUGGCCAGUAAACCGUUAGAAAAAGAAGCCGAGGAAAAAGAAGAACUGCAGCUGGAUCGUAUUUUAAUCACUCAUGUUGAUGGUGUGAUAAUGGAUGAAGAUUCAGCAUCAGCAGAAACUAAUGACCUAACAUCUUUUAAAUAGCAACCUAAAACGAUUUGUCAACAAUCAACAUCAAGAGGAAGCUUCGCUUUUUUCUACUAAAGCAGUUAAAGUAGCACGUGCAUUUUUAAUAAAACUGCGUUGUGUAUUAUAGCAUAGCACUUUGUCUAAGAGCAAUUGCAUUUUUAUAUAAACAAGUGCUGAAUAAAUGCUUUUGUUUAA